AUGAGUGUCUACCUGCAACAGACCGCCGACGUCUUCAGCUCGGUGGGAAGCUACCUGCGUCUGCCAGCACUUGCAUCAACCGGCAUUGCUGCAGUCCUCACAGCACUCCUUUACUUCAAGCAGAAGGCUCUCAUCUACCCUUCGCAUAUCCCCCCCAAUUCUCGAACCGAUGUCCCCCAACCAUCACAGUUCGGACUCAAAGACUAUGAAGAGCUCGUGAUCCCCACCGAGGAUGGCGAGAAGCUCUCCGCCUUUUAUAUUCGCGGGCCAUUCAGCUCCCGCAAUUCAGAUGUCACCGUCUUGAUGUUCCACGGCAAUGCCGGUAACAUCGGCCACCGCCUCCCGAUUGCACGGACACUCACGAACCUCAUCGGUUGCAAUGUUUUCAUGCUCGAGUACCGAGGUUACGGCACCUCCACCGGAGAGCCUGACGAGACCGGUCUCAACAUCGACGCCCAGACUGCCUUGAGCUAUUUACGGAGGAGGGCAGAGACUAGAGAUCACCGGUUUAUUGUAUACGGACAGAGUUUGGGCGGUGCCGUGAGCAUCAAGCUUGUUUCCAAGAACCAGGACAAGGGCGAUAUCGUCGGUCUGGUCCUAGAAAACACCUUCCUCUCCAUGCGGAAGCUCAUUCCCUCCGUAAUACCUCCCGCCAAGUACAUGACACUCCUCUGCCACCAAGUCUGGCCUAGCGAAUCAACGCUGCCCAACAUCACAAAGGUGCCAGUCCUGUUCCUGAGCGGCCUUCAGGAUGAAAUCGUCCCGCCGAGUCACAUGCGCCAGCUAUACAACGUCUGCGCCGCGCCAACCAAGAAGUGGCGGCCGUUCCCCGGUGGCGAUCACAACUCGAGCGUUCUAGAGGAGGGUUACUUCGAGGCUAUUGCCGACUUUAUCGCAGAGGUCACGGAUGCGACAGUAGCCCGGUCCAAGGAAAAGCAGUGA